UAAAACAAUUAGAUUAAGGUUGUGUAGUUGGUGAAUGCAAAAAGGGGAAUGGGGAGGAGAUUAUUGUAAUUAGCUAAUGAGGCAUCAACUAUUUAUGAUCUACAGUUUACAACGACCGUUUAUAACAUAAAAACGGAGAAGCGACACAAAAAUUACACUAACGUUGGAGAUACCUCCAGAAAUGAAAGGCUUAGAGAUGUCUGUUUUAUUGACUGCUGUGCAAACAGAACUAACGAAUACCGAAAAGGUACGACUCAAUGACGAGCAUACAACAACAGGUCCCAACUUGGAACACCUUGAAAACAAAGAAAUAACGACGAAUUCUAAUUCGAAUGAAACAAUUGCCGACUUGGCAAGCUUUAACCAACAUGACACAAUAACUGGUACACAAAAAAUCCCAGUUAUUAAAUCGACGAGCGAUAGUGAUUACUCAAAAACAUCGAAAGGAACCGAAAAUGACAUGAAAAAAAAACCUUACGGAGGACGACCACUUCGUUUCCAAUGUCCCAAUUGUGAACGUAGAUUCCAUGCUCCAAGUCACUUAAAACGACACAUGUUGUGCCAUAGCUCAGAACGACCUUUCCAAUGUCACAUAUGCAAGAAAGGUUUUCUACAAGCUUGGCAUUUGGGACGCCAUAUGACAACACACACCGGUAAUAAGCCGUUCAACUGUCCGGAAUGUCCGAAAUCGUUUGGCAGUCGAUUUGAGAUGAAGACACAUUGCAAUUACAUCCAUCGUGGGAUUAAGGAACAUGAAUGCAGCGUGUGUAAAAAGAUGUUUACGUUGCGUAGCAACUUGAAAGUGCACAUGCGCAAACAUACUGGCGAAAAACCGUACGAAUGUCACAUCUGCUUGAAGAAGUUCGGGCAACGAGGACAUCUUCAGUAUCAUGUUAGAAAACACACCAAUGCUGUCGAAAAAGAAGAGCAGAGAGACAAUCAAAGCAUUGAUUCGCUGUCUGAUCAGUGUUCACCAACAAUGGCUGACUAUAGAAGAAGAAGCGAAAAGGAGGAGAGCCAAGCCAAUUACGACAGCGGAGUUGAAGUUGAAUCCAUCAGUAGUGACAGAAGCUCUCCGAAACGAGUUCUAACAGAUCACUUUGACGAGACACCCAGGACAAGUCCUACACACAUUUCUCUGAAGAGGUAUUCAUCCUUGAAAGAAUAUGAACGAGAAUACAUAGCAGAAGUUCCAACCACGCCAUUAUCGGGAAGAAUGUUUGACCACACCAACCCACUCGAGUUGAAGCCUUUUGUGUGCGACUCGUGUAACUGUGGUUUUGCUGAAAUCAGCUCUUUGAGAGCACACGUGCGUCAUUCACAUCCUAAAAAAGGAAUCACCAUCGGAUCAUACUCCUGCGCUUACUGUAGCCAGUCCUUUGAAGAAAUUGAUCAUCUUAGAGAGCAUUUUCAGGUAAGACACAGAUUAAAUGAAGUUAUUACUAAUAAGCCUAUAUCACCCGUAAAAUCAUUGUUUAUUGGAGAGAAACGACGCAAUACACUGGAGGAGAGGCGGGAGGGUGCUUUCUAUCCAGUGAAACGAUCUCGCUCAGCACCUACCCAUUCACCAGAAUCAGCAUGUUUUGAUAUAACAUACGAUUGUAAGCCAGGAAGAGCUAUUACUGAACGAAGCUUUCAAGACACUGCGCUGGAGAGUUGUUCAUGUUGUCCAAAACCACGUGACAUGACGAAACACUUCUACUCAGGUGUUGUCCAGGAAAGAUAUCUGUAUUAUUUGGAACAGUAUCAGCGCUUGUUGGAAUCGCACGUCGAUUUGAUUGAUGCACUACAUGCAAAAUAAACGUUAAAUUUUAUUUUUAUUUUCAUUUUACUUCAGGUUUUUUCAUUGGCAGAGAAACUUGCCAGGUCACCUGUCAUCUUAUUGCAUAGAGUGGUUUUUUAUGU